AUGGAUAUCGAUUCGAUUCGUUCUACAUUAGCCAAAUAUGAUCAGCAACAUCUCCUUAAAUACUGGAAUGAUUUGAAUGAGAAAGAAAAACAAACAUUACUACGAGAUUUAAAUGAAAUUGAUUUUCCUCGAAUUCAUGAUGCAUAUCAACAUAUCAAAUCAGAAUUAACGUCAUCGGCUAACGGAAAAGAGCACCAAAAUGGAACGGGUGAUGAUAAGUAUCAGAAGAUUGAUCAGAUAAUGGAACCAAUACCAGAACAUUUGGCAGGAAGUGUGUAUGAAGCAACUCAAACAGAAAUAGACGAAUAUCGACAGACAGGUUUGAAAGCAAUAGCUGACGGUGAAGUUUGUGUAUUGUUGUUAGCUGGUGGACAAGGAACACGUCUUGGAGUAUCCGAUCCAAAAGGCAUGUACGAUGUAAAUUUAUUAUCUCGAAAAAGUUUAUAUCAGAUUCAAGCCGAACGAAUUCGACGUCUCCAAGAAUUAGCAAAUGAUCAGUAUGGCAAAAAUGGACAAAUACCAUGGUUUAUAAUGACCAGUGAACAUACAAAACAUGCCACGGAAGAUUAUUUUCGUGAACGUAACUAUUUUGGUUUAAGACGAGAAAAUAUUAUACUGUUUGAACAACACACAUUACCAACAUUAGAUUUUCAGGGUAAAAUAUUAUUAGAUGAAAAAUAUAAAUUAACUAAAGCACCGGAUGGUAACGGUGGAUUAUAUCGUGCAUUACGUACACGUGGAAUAUUAAAUGAUAU